UUUUUCAUCCGGAUCAAAAUCCGGAUCAAAACCGGAUAUCCGGAUGAAAAAAAAAUCCGGAUUCAUCCGGAUUCAUCCGGAUGGACUAGAAACGGAUCGAAGCACUAGAUAGAUGUAUUUAUUUAUUUAUUUUAUGGAUUAUCGGAUAGAUGGAUUUCGGAUCGCAUCUCUACUAUUAUUUAAUAUCAUCACGUGAUUUGUAUCUCUUAAGAUGAGGCUUCGAUUCUCUAAAGUUUCACACGCAUUAAAAUGAGGCUUAUAAAAAUUUUAACUUAAACGAAUAGAAAUUUUCAACGUUGUUCCAAGAAAGUUAAAGAAUCAUAAUGGGCAAAAUAUCCGAUAGACCUUCCACGAUUUCAAAAGAAUCAUCACCUACACUUUCUUCAAAAAAUUCAAAGGAAAUAUCAUCUUUACAAAUUACUUCACCAUCGAAAAAUAAUAACGAAUAUGAACAAGAAAAAUAUUCACCUACUAAACAUUUGUCCAACAUAUUUUUAACACUUUCAAAUUUUUUAAUAAUUUUAGUAAUCACAAUUUUAUUAAGUAAAAAUUAUAACGUGUCAUCAUAUGAUCAAAUUUGUUUAAUUAAUAUCACUUCACCGAAUGAAUUAUACUAUCAAGACAAGACAUUACAAAAUGUAACUUGGACAAUUGAAGAAUGUCCUGAUGUUUCUCUCGAUUCGACCGUCACAAUAUAUAUUAUUGCGAAAAGUUCUGGAAAUUUCGUCGUAAACACAACGGCAAAAUAUGGAGAUAAACAUAUUAAAUUUUAUAUAAAUAAUUGGUCGUAUGAAGAUUCUUUUAUAGUUUCAAUCUGGUCGAAUCAUGUAUUUGGGGUCUCUAAUGAUUUAUUUAGAAUUUAUCAUCCAACUAAAACUAUCACUUAAUCGUCAUUUACGUAAUGAAAAACGUAAUCUAUAAAUUUUUCAAAAACGGAUUUUCUAUGAUUUACUUUACUAAAUAUAAUAUAAAUAAAAGGAAUUAUUUA